CAAAUUAAACGUGGAAUUCAUUAUUUAUUUGAAUUUUCUUUUAUAUAGCCCAAUCAACAUAGCAUAGUUCAUUCAAUCAUUCCAAUAAACUACAAAAAGUCAAUAACCAUCGUAAACUUCAUCUUCAUCUUCAUCCAGGCUCCAAGUUCAAGCUAUUCAAAACAUGGAAAUUAUAAAGAGAUACUCAAGAAGACAGGGUUACCGACGACUCGACGGUAGGAUAUCCACCGUCCAACGGAAGAAGAUGCAAGUCAUACAGAUGAGAGGAAGUCCACGUAAGCACUGGAGGAUCGGAACAAGUCCAAGGUUAAGAUGGAUGAUGAGAUCACCAUUGAAAAUGUUGACAAAAGUAAAGAAUAUUUAUAUGAACUUCAUGCUAAAAAUGGCUGGGAAUGUAGGAGGGGCCUUGAACACUGAUAAGAACAACCUUGGUGUGAAACAAAUUCCACAAGCUCGUCAAAUGUCUAAAGGUUACUACUCUGGUGAUGCAUUUGAGGCUAGGCUAAUAUUUGAGAUUUCCAAAACUUUGGUUGCUUCGCAUGAGCUACAUUCCAUUUAAUUGUUUGAUUCAUUUUGUUUUCUGAAUUUUAAUUUAAAAGCUACCAUGUGAUUCCCCAUCUGCAAAUGAUAAGGAAUGAAUUCAAGUGUAAUUUAAUUUUCAGUAGUGGAUGUGAAUAAAUUUUUUUUAUCAUGAAGUUACAUGUCUUUAGUGUAUUGUAAUUAUUGCUGA